CGAUGCGCCGGCAACGGGCGCAUACAUUGGGCUGCGUCGAGAUGGACGGGGUGCUCAGGAGGAAGCGCCGGGAGGGUCCUGCGAGCGGGCGCUUACAGCAAUGCACCUAAAUCUUAGCCUCACAGCGCGGGCGAGCGAAUCAGCAACCUGCUACACCAAACCACCGCAUGGAAUCCUGGCCUGGAUCGUCUUCGAGCAUGUCUUAGCAGACUCUGCUUUCUCCCGCUGUGACCAAAGGUGAUUGGCUUGUUAGUGCGUGAGUAACGGUCCACUGCUCACCAUCCACCAGGGUGAAGGACGGGGAUGCAUAACGAUGUGGCGUCCACUGCGAUGCGCGAAUCUCGAAUGCUCGCCCAGCGCCUCGUCGCAGGCUGGGAUUGGAUCUUGUGCCUCUUGUGCUUACGCCCAGCACACUGACUUUCUGUCCUGCUCUCCUCCUCGAACCACUAUUAUCUCUUGGCUUCAACCUUCUUCAUAGUCUGCAACAGGAACUCUUAUCUGACCUUCCAGAUCCAACCACCGCAACACUCGGCCGCUCAGAAGCCGGCCAACUGCGAGAACAUCGGGAUCUGCUUUUGACUUCGCGGGCGAGGGCGACACUCUAUACAACCCCACUCGUACAACGAGCGUGUACGCAUACCAUCGUCAGAAUGUUCUCCUGCGCGUCGUUACUGUUGGCUCUGUCCAUGUGCUGGAGCUACGUCGCCGCACACACCGUCAUCACGUACCCAGGAUGGAGGGGAGACAACCUGAAUACGAACGGCACAAACCCUGACGGAAGCGUUCCAACAGGUUCGCUGGGCAUGAAUUGGAAUCCGCAAACGGGAGGCUACGACUUCCCUUACGGCAUGCAAUGGAUGUAUCCGUGCGGUGGCCUGCCAAUGUCUACGAAUCGCACAAAGUGGCCUGUAACAGGCGGCGCACUUGCCUUCCAGCCGGGUUGGUUCAAUGGACACAAGACAGCAUUUAUCUACAUCAACAUCGGCCUUGGCACAGAGCCAUUGAACUAUUCGCACCCGAUGGUUCCUGUGUUCCAAAUAGUCGGUCCGACCAACUUAAUGUAUCCGGGUACAUUCUGCUUGCCUCAGAUCCCUCUACCGGCCAACAUCACCUACAACAUCGGAGACAAUGCGACAAUACAACUGGUUGAGGCUGCUGUGCACGGAGCCGCACUGUAUUCGUGUGUCGAUAUCACGUUUGCGGACCCAGCAGACGUAGCGCCAGUCAACUCUUCGAAUUGCUUCAACUCGACGGGUGGCUCGGAAGGCGGACCGAUGGGUAUGAACUACGUCUUCACAGCCAGAGGUCUGACAUCUAGUGCAUCGCCGCUAAUGUUCAGCUGGGCGGUGAUUGCAACAUUCGCAGCUAUGGCUAUCUUCGCCAGCAUUUAGCUUCGACUCCAGAUUCGAGCUUUUUUUUUUCUUUUUUUUUUUUUUCAAACCGGUUGCUCUUUACGUCGCGAAAACAUUUGCUACGGGGUUGGAGUUGAUUGAGAGUUUUUUCCACAGCUGUCUAGUUGCUGUUUUAUCUGGCUGAUAAAUGCGGCCUAAUGGCUUCCGAAGUCUUGCUUUAUUCCAGGCCUAGGGCUAAAAAGGCCUACUGUACAUAUCAUCUCUUACGCAGCAUGCCCCUCUGACCUAUAUGGCCGGUCAGUGCAAGGCUGGUCAGGCAGCUACUCGUCUACAUUAGAGUAAAUAGACGACGGCACGCCACAAAAAUUCGAAACAUAGCACGAG